AUGGCUACCCCCAUUCCCCCGGCUAGUCCAGUCGGACCUGGAACCCUAAUCACAAUCAAAGUGCUCUACAAUGACAGCACUCGACGCUUCAAGGUUCCUCUGAGAGAACUGGGUGCUCGGGUUCUUCCUCAGAAGCUCCGUCAACUCAUUGGCGUCCCAGCGGAUAGCAACGUCAUCUUUGAACGCUAUUCGGACAGCGCCGGUUGCUAUGUCCGCUUGGACAGCGAGAACCUCGCAGUCUACAAGCAACUCUACCGUGCUGCUAAAGCUAAAUUGAAGCUGCGUAUCAAAGCGACAUUGGUCAAUGAAGUGAACGAGCCUGUUUCGCAGCCCUCUCUUACCGAGAACGCUCCGGAGGAACAGGGCCCAGCAAGAUACAGCUACCUGGAGACUGUCCUGAGUUCUCCCCCACCUGUGAUGGGUGCCGAAGUAGUUCCCUCUGGCACUUCGGAAUCGGUCCCUGACCUUCUAGGUGCCCUCGAGAAACCCGCUUCAGUUGGUCCCCAAUCUGUUCAAUGGACAAAGGACAACAUGGCACCCGCUCAGCCUGGCUAUAGAGACUUUGUCCUAAACACAGAUAACGUCGAUGUGCCCAUCGUCUCGCACAGGUCCCCAACUGGUGUUUUCUGUAUUGACUGCAACAACUGCGGACGUUCUAUUCCCAAUGAACACUACCAUUGCAGCAUCUGUGAAGACGGCGAUUUCGAUUUAUGCUCUCAAUGUGUAAACUCGGGGGUCUCGUGUCAGUCUGAAGAUCACUGGUUGAUCAAGCGUAUUGUCGAAGAUGGCAUUGUCACUAACAGCACUACUGAACGAGUGGCUCCUCGCAAGGUUGAGGAACCGACAGAGUCCAACAAAGGGUCUGGAACUCUGCCUGAGCUCGCUGAUGAGAAGGUCCCAGAGCCUACUCCAGCUACAGCUGAAAAGUACCCACUUCAACCUGUGGAGCGGAUCUGCAACGCUUGUCUCAAGGAUUUCGACGAGACCAAGAUGGUCACAUGCACUGACUGCGAAGACUAUGAUCUUUGCAUGACCUGCCUUCUGAAAGACGCGCACGGCCAUCAUCCGGCUCAUCGCUUCGAGCUCCUUCACGACCGAGACUUCUGCCUGAAGAGUCUUGUGCAGUCGCGUUGCAGCCCUGGCCGCCAUCACCAGCAUGCAGCGAUCUGUGACGGUUGUGAAAAGGCUGAUAUAUACUCUCAGCGCAUCAUCGGUGUUCGCCACAAAUGUCUGGCCUGCCCCGACUGGGACUACUGCUCGGAGUGUGUUGGCAACGCCGCGCAAAGCCACCCAGGCCAUCGCUUUGCUCCCCUCUAUGAGGCCAUCUCGGAGCCACUACAGCAUCAUGAGGUUCACUAUGGCAUCUACUGCGAUGGACCAUUGUGCAAAGACAAGCCGUUCCCCGCUACAUCACUGGAGUCCGCCUUACCAACCAACCCCCAUAAUCGCACCCACCCAUUGCUGAUGCUCAAGACACCGGUGCGCGGCGUUACUAUCAGCAACUCCGUGACUGAGAACGGGCUCGGUGGGCCUGUCAUCCUUGCAGGUGACCAAGUCAAGAGAUCUACCUCCGCACAAGCCAAUAUUCCAGCUGAAGCUGAGAAGUCUUCAGAAGCGCCACGCGGCGAGGAAGAAGGAGCUGUGAAGCAAAAGGAAAUCGUGGAGCCAUCUCCAGCACCGGCCGAAAAGGCGCAAUCCAAGGUGUAUGAGAUGCCAACUACCGAUCCCGCUUCCAGCUAUCAAGCUUUCUUUAUACGUGACACCGUCCAUGACGGCACCGUCAUGCCACCCAACAAGAUAUUCCAGCAGACAUGGACACUCUACAACCCUGGACCACUUGCAUGGCCCGCUGGAAGUAGUGUGCGCUUCGUGGGCGGUGAUUCCAUGUUCAAUGUCGAUAUCAAUCGCCCCAUGAGUCUUGAUGCAGUCUCCGCCGCUAUGGAGAGCAACCAGCUCCUCGAACCCUUGGAGCCUGGCCAAAGCGCCGAUUUCACUGUGACUCUGAAGGCCCCGAGCCGGGUCGGUACUGCCAUCUCGUAUUGGCGCUUGAAGCUUGCCAACGGCAUGCCCUUCGGUCAUAGACUCUGGUGCGAUAUUCAGGUACGCGACUACAUGGCCGCGUCCACCGAGCUGGAGCCUGUACAGGAAGCCUCUCGCAAACCCGAGCAACAGGCAGAGGCGGCUCCGGCGGAUGGCACUGAACGCACGGGAAGUCAAAUGAUCUUCCCUACCCUGGACAAGGAGUCACCGGUCGGGAGCAGCCACCAGGCAAUGGUUGCAGCUCCUUUGACUGCCCCUUCCGUGUCCAAUCCAUCCGAGCAAGAAGUUCUUGAGGAUGUGGAGAGUUUAACCUUGGAUGAUGCCAACACCGAGACCGGGUUCUUGACCGACGAAGAGUACGAUGUCCUGGACGCCAGCGACCAAGACUACCUCGAAGCCCAAUCACAGGUCUAA